AUGGCUCCACAUACGGGUUCGGCUACUCCUGAACAAAUUGAUGCACUCCUCAAUUUCCUGGACGAGCAUAGGGAUCUUGCUCGCGGGAGAUUGAGGAGUCUAGAAGGAAAAGUCCAGGCGAAGAGGCUGUGGGAUGAAUUGUGCAAUACGCUCAAUUCCAUUGGCGGUUGCAUAAAGACAGUUCAGCAGUGGCAAAAGGUAUGGUUUGAUAGAAAACAUCUGGCCAAAAAAGCCGCUGCUGAUUCCCGGAGGUCGGCUUCAAUGACUGGAGGUGGUCCAUCAGUGGCACCCCAACUCUCCCAUUCGGAAUUAAAAGUAUUAUCCAUAAUGGGAGAUGGGUUCGGUGACCGCCAAAUUGGAGCCAGAGUGCCAGCUUUCACUGAAACGAAUGAAUCCAGACCAUCAACCUACAGUCAAGGAAGCCAACUGCAGCAGCAGAGCCUGGACUUGCAUGUAGAAGUUGAGGAGUACGCCGACCCAAGCAAAGAAAGCCAGCAGGUCUACUCUAAUUCAAGGAAAAACGAAAUUUCGAUCGAAAUUGAUACACAAGAAGCCUCACAAUCUGCACGUCCCAGAAGAAUACGAUCUGCUGCUGGCUCCGAUGUCAGAAGCAGGUUGUACCAGUAUGAAGAUGGACGUGCAGAGAGAGAGACAGUGAGGAACACCGAGCUCGCAGGCAUCAGGGCUGCCUUGGAAGAGUUGCGUGACAUAGGGCGAGAUUAUUUAGAGUUUUUAAGGCAAAAUAGGCGUUAG